GAGCUAAAGGGUCGCGGAGCUGAGACGCAGUGAGAACCUGUUAGCGCUGCGUGCUGUUCAGUUUUAUAUGAGCGCCUGUGCUAAAAGGACCAGUCGACCUACGAUGCUGAGAAGAACACGUACAUGAGGAUAGCCUUGAUCCAGGUACGCCACGCCCGCUGAACGCCUAGUAGCCGUUGCCUCUGAGACGUUGCCCCCCUGGCCCCGCCCUCCAGAGAUGGCUGAUGCCCAGAAGGCCAAUGAGCUCCCGGAAUGCCCCACAGAGGGCGGGGCCACAGCAGAGGAGCAGGAUAUGCCCCUGAGAGCCGAAACCUCGCCCACCAGCUCUCCCACGUGCGAAGAGCCAAUCAGCAGUCAUAGUCCUGCUAGGCCGCCGCCCCCUGGCCUGCUCUCCAUGCCCUGCCUGCUGAAGGAGCUGCGCAGAGACUCCUCCCCCGAGCAGCCACUGGAAACAAUUCCUACAUCUUCCACUAACAGCAACGCCACCAAUCAGCUCUGCCCGCAGGAGGACAGCGAUUCGUCCGUCUGCCUGCGCUCGCCCUCCUCCUCCGGUCACUUAGGUGACUCCGACACGCUCUCGUCCGCCGAGGAGGCAGCCGAACCGGCCUCUGCGCCGGCUGCCGCGGGUAGCAGGAAGCCGUCGAGACGCUCACGCUCCGAGAGCGAUGCUCCUGGCAUCGUCAUGGCGGCUAAGAAGAACCGCUGCCAGGAGAAGCAGGUGAAUGGGCGUGGCCGGGGGCGGGGCCAGCGCAGCCAGCGGCAGAAAGAGCGCAUGCGCAUGCUGCGGCAAAAACGGGAGGCGGCGGCCCGACGCAAGCCUGACCUGCUCCAGGACAGCAGCACCAGCGACAGUGACCUCACCGCACAUUCGUCAUCGUCUUCGUCCUCGUCAGCCUCUUCCGACAACGAGGGAGGGGCCGUCAACUCCCACCCGCCAGUGGGUCCUGCGGUUGUUGGGCACUACGACAUCUCAGACACACACUCUGAACAGGAGCAGCAGCCUCGCACUCUCUCAGGUCCAGUAGAGGCGGAGCCUCCGCAGGUGAGUCUGGCGUCCUCUGACAGCGAAGUCGAGAUUGUUGGUGUGCAGGAGAAUGCCAGUGCUGUGUGUCGGUUUCCCAGAGGUGGCGUCAUCCAGUCUCUGUCAUCUUGGAAGCAGAGAGCUCCGCCUUCCUGGACAGCAGUCUCCGCCCAGCCUGGCUGGGCCCCACCUCCAGAGGUGGUAGAUCUGACACUGGAUGAAGACCGGCACAGAUAUCUGCUGUGAUCUCGCAUACACUCUCUAUGCACUCAUACACAUACUGUUGGCCUGAGUGUCUUAAAACAUUUCGAAAUUUAUCCCUCUCUUAGUUUCUCAGAGAAAAAUGUCAGCAGUUUGUUUAGAUGGCUUUCUGAAACCCUGUCAGCGGUGGAACUGUCUGAGCUGAUCUUAGGACGAUAUUAGAAUGCUUUCAGAAGGCCAGGCACUGGCCAACACGCCAAGCUAAAAGUGUGUAGAUGCGCUAUUGGAGUAACCUUGAUUACCUUGUGGAUUAGUGGUGGAUGGAAGUGGAACCAUCACUCGCGUUUGUGGAAAUAAGCUUCAAGUACAAGCAGGACCUUUUUUCCCUUGCAAGUAUGAGAGAAAAGGUGUUCUUUAGUAUCUGUUGAGCAUAACCAUUUCCGAUUUGCUGUAUUCACUUCAACAGGGAAAAUGUAUCCAUCCUGACUGAUGGAGUCAAAGCUACUGUUAUAAGACAUCUUGUGGCAACACAGUGUGGUUAUGGAGGGACACUGUAUGACUGUAUAUGUCUUUUUAUUUCCUUUUAACUUGAUGCACAGUUAAAUUUGGCUUUUUUUAUUUCUGAUGAUAGACUACAAGGGUAAAUCUCAAAUGUUUUGAGUAGUUUGGCCAACACACACAAAAAAACAGUCCUACGUAUUAAACAGUCACAUACACCAAUAUCCUAUGGAGAGGAAUCUGUUUUAAACUGAAAUGCAGUCACUAUAGUGGAAAAACAUGAAAUGCAAUGACGUUACGUUUCCAUAAUCACAUGCAGAGUAUGUGUCAAAAUGAAAAGCAAAACACCCACUGCAUUGUUUUCAGCACAUGAGGAUUUGAAUUUUAAGAACCAAAACGCUGAAUUAGUGUUAGAAUUUAAUACAGUCCACAAAUUACUUUUUUUUUUUAAUUGUCUCCAAGUAAAAAUAAUUUGUUCUCUAUAGAGAAAACACAUAAAUGUGACAUUUUUUGGAAAAUGUUAGUGCGUAAUUGUCUACUUAUUUUAACAUAUCGAAAAAAAAAUUAAAUAUAAAAUGCGCCACAAUUUGCACUUGCUUUACUUAUUUUUACCAAUAUAUUUAAAUCAUCUAAUAAACAGUAGUUGUUUAUUAAAAUGAGCAUAAGUGAGUUCUCUGUAGAAGAUGUUUUAACUUUAAAGUGAAAAGUUCAACACAACAUGGAAUUUGACUGGGGUUGCCCUUUGCAUACGACUGUGUUUGUUUGAAGUGCUGCACGGUGGAAAGCAGUGUGGCUGUGCAUUGGUUACAUUUCAAGGUUUGUAUUCAGUUCAGCAUUUUGUUUUUUAACUUCAUGUAUUGUUUUUCAGUGAAAAGGUGAAAACAGCGUAGUGGGUGUUUUGCUUUUCAUUUUGCCGCAUAUUCUGUACAUAUUCUGUAACGGUUGCAUUUGUAAUUCGCCACAGAUUCCUCUCCGUAAAUACCUGCCGUUAGCCUCAGGUGUCCCCUACCCAGUUCUGAGAUGCUGUUUUGUGAGAAACUUUUGCUGUAAAGCUGCUUCAAAACCUGUUUUAGUGCAAAAAAAUAACAAAACAAAAAAAAAAAAAACGCAGGUUUUACUCUGACCAUAGCAAUAGCCCGACUGCUUUUGUUUGUGUGAAUGAGGGAGGGAUACAGUGGUGUUUUUUUGUUUGUUCUGUUGUUUUUUUGUUUGUUUUGUGUGUGUAUGUUUGUAUUUGGUCAAAUAAGUGCGACAGUGUGUUUGCGUGAGUGAGAUAUUCACUAUUAAACUGUUUAAUGCUGC